AUGAAAGAUCAGCACACUGCUGGACCCGCAGAAAUCGAGCAAAACAAUAUCCAUCGCCCACUUUCACACACGACCACUGUCUCCUCAUCUAACUCCUCUCGAAGCGACAACGCCGCUGAAACUCCCCGUCAAUCUUCCCACAAACGGUCCUUCCCCUCCGGCGCAAGACUGUUUCGCUCUCGCUCAAAGUCGCCCGCAGCAAUUGAGACAGAGCUACGGGUCAAUCGCACUCGUCGCUCCACAUACGACAGCUGCGAGGACACCAUUCCAAGAAGUGUCCCUACUUCUCGUGACAGCAUCCCUCGACGCUCAACAAGCCCUACCGCAAUGUCUCCAAUCGAGACCACCAGUCCGACCUCUGCUGGUCCGCACAAGCGCGACUCGGGAUCAUACAGCUCCCAUUCCAGGAAGAGCGGCGACGAUUAUCGUCGCUACAGCGGGACUGUGAACCACUACGGCCGUCAUUCUAACGAUUGGCUGUUUGGUGGGUUCAGUCUGCGGGAUACAGUCCGUGAGGGCGUUGAUCGCUUGCGUCAUCAUGGAAAAGAGAGCUGA